AUGGUCGCGAAUGCUACCGCGUGUCAGCUUUCGUCGUUUUUCAUAGGUAUAGCCGAAAUAUGUUUCAUGUCGGCUCCGAUUGGUCAGUGCGGGUACUGUUGCCCGCACGAUGAUACCCUCGAUAUACAAUUUAAGUUAUUUACUAGGUCAAAUCCCACAACAUUCCAAAUAAUUCCACCAAAUGACUUGAAUGGUUUGCGGAGUACGACAUUUGACUUCUCGAAUCCUACUGUGAUAUAUCUGAUGGGAUUCUCAGAGUCUGUUAGUGGAGUCGGCACAACUACUGUCAGGGAUGCACACUUAGCGGCAAGGAACUACAAUUUCAUUGCAGUUGACUGGUCACGACUUAUUGUGUUUCCAUGGUACGUCUCAGCAGUUCGAAACACUCGCUAUAUGGGGAGAAAACUAGCAGACUUUAUCCAAUUUCUGGAUUCAAUUGGCGUUCCAGCCUCAUCCAUCCACGUGGUUGGAUUCUCCCUUGGCGCUGAAGCCGCAGGGUUUGGGGGCAAGAACUUGCGGUCCCGAGGGUUGCUACUGGGCAGGAUUACCGGGUUAGACCCAGCCUACCCCGGCUAUAGCCUGUCAAACAAUGACGGCCAUCUUGCCAAAGGAGAUGCGUCCUUUGUGGACGUCCUGCAUACGAACCCGGGAGUCUUCGGGUUUCUACGGCCAAUCGGAGAUGUGGAUUUUUAUGCCAACCCUGGCAGUUGGAUCCAACCGGGCUGUUGGGUGGACGAGCUCAUUAGAAAUAGGGAGUUUCGGUUUGUUUAUGGUUGCAGUCAUGUCCGUGCUUGGCGUCUGUAUUCAGAGUCUUUGAGUAAUCCUCGAGGGUUUCCAGCUACACUGUGUCAGGACUGGACUUCUGCUACAAGGCCAUGCAGUUUUCAAGUGGAUGGAUAUAUGGGCGUAGCUGCUGCAGCACCAAUGUCCGGCAAAAUGUAUUUCAAAACGAAUGCGCGGCCGCCCUUCGCAAGAAAUGGACCAUAG